CCUCGUGAUCUCCAUGGGGAAGGGACCCAACAAGGACAGAGACGGCCAGGGAACAAAUCCGAAACCUACCAGAACAAGGUUUUUAAAGAGGCGCUAUCCUCACGUCUCCCCCCUCUCUCUCUCUUUAUAUUAUGCUAGGCGCUCCAGGAGAGUCCGAGCCUCCCGCUGGACUCUUCUAGAUCUAAUGUAAAAUAGUGGGAUUUCUUUGCUAUUCUAUGGUUCUUUCUCGAGAAGACCUGGUUUUUUAUCUUCCUUUUUGUUGUUUUAUGGUCAGUGCCCUAUAUCAUUCGAUUCAUGGUUUUGGGGCAUUGCCCAGUUUUGCCAACCAGAAAUAAGUCUCCUUUGGUUGGGUUUAGUCUCCUCAAUUUUGGGUUUGCGAGCUCUUUACUCUUCCUCUCAAUCUGAAGGGGAAAAACCCAGGAUAAAAAAGUAAAAAGAUGAUUGGUUCGACAGUUUUGCCAGACAAGCCAUCCAUGGCGAUCGCCACUUGCAAGAUGCUGAAACCUCCACCAAAGCCAUCGCAUUUUUGUGCCAGACCUAUCCUCUGUACUCAGAACAAGAGCCCCAACACCAUGAGCAGGCCAUCAAAGCCAAAAGUGACCAUCACCAGCCCUAUCCUGGUGAUCCCAAGUCAAGUCUCCGUGAGGAGAUCAAAGAAAAACAGGGGAUGUGAGGAAAGGAGGGAUUUUUCGCAAGUGGGUGGUCAACAGAUGCUGGGCUUGUGUGGUUUUGGGUAUUGGGUUCAGGGCUUCAGGUGCUUCCCAUGGUUGGCUUUGAAUUUCCACAUGGCUCACAAUCUCAAUCUGCCUCCAUCAACCUUGCAGCUUGUGCAGAAUUCUGGGAAUCUGCCCAUGGUUGCCAAGCCUCUGUAUGGGAUCUUGUCUGAUGCUAUUGACGUUGGUGGUGCUCAUAGGUUGCCGUAUAUUUCAGCAGGAGUGCUUCUACAGGUUCUGUCCUGGGGACCAUUGGCAUUGAUUCCUCUUGCUCGUGAAGCUCUUCCAAACCUCAUGGCAUGUGUUCUUCUCAGCAAUAUAGGUGCAUCUAUUAGUGAAGUUGCUAUGGAUGCUCUUGUAGCAGAGUAUGGUCAGAAACACAACUUACGAGGUCUCCAGUCUUAUGCAUUCAUGGCCUCAGCAGCUGGUGGAAUCCUUGGAAAUUUGCUAGGCGGAUAUAUUCUUCUUAGAACACCACCAAAAACCAUGUUCUUCAUAUUUACGUCCCUUCUUUCCCUUCAGUUUGCCAUGUCAUUGAUGACAAGAGAAGCAUCUCUUAGGGUAUCUCAACCAUUGGUUAACACUCUAAAAAAGAAGUCGAUCUUGCUUAGCAUUAGAAAUCAACUCUCAGACUUGUUAAGGGCAGUUCAUGAAGAGAGUAUUUCCGGCCCUCUUACUUGGAUCGUUCUUUCUAUCGCCACAGUGCCGAUUCUGUCUGGUUCAAUUUUCUGCUUUCAAACUCAAUGUCUACAUCUUGAUCCCACGGUUAUCGGGAUGUCACGUGUGAUAGGCCAGUUGCUCCUGCUUUUCACGUCAGUACUUUUUGACCGGUACUGGAAGAACGUUUCAAUGAGGAGAUUGAUUGGAGUGGUGCAGGUUUUGUAUGCUUGCUCGCUUCUUCUAGACCUAGUUCUGGUGAGGCAGAUCAAUCUGAAGUUGGGAAUUCCCAAUGAUAUGUUCUCCCUUUGUUUUUCUGGUCUAGCAGAGACGAUUGCACAGUUUAAGCUCCUUCCGUUUUCGGUACUGUUUGUGAAUUUAUGUCCGCGGGGUUGUGAAGGAUCUCUGACAUCUUUCUUAGCAUCGGCCUUGUGUUUGUCAUCGAUAGUCAGCGGGUUUCUGGGCGUUGGAUUAGCAUCAGUUAUCAGGAUCACCUCUGGCGAUUACUCGAGCCUGCCUGUGGGGAUUCUGAUACAGUUUAUGGUUGCUUUGCUGCCUGUGGUGUGGAUUCAUCUUGUGCCCCAGUCACUGCUUACUGUUGAGAAGGACAGAAAAAGAGGCUUGAGCAAAAGAACACGAAAAAACAGAAGGGUGGGUCGAGUGGUAUUUGGCUCGGUAAUUUCUUACAGGCGCGAGAGAGAGUCUGAGACCCCAAGAUAGAAAUCACCAUGAGAUGUCUUUGCACUUUUGGAAUCGAUAAUAGAAGUGCGCAUGUAAAUGCUUGGCAUCGGUCGCAUGGUGAAGGGAAUCAGAUUGGACGACCAUUUUAGACUCCAUGAAAAGAGGAUUGCUUCUCUGCCCAGAAACUUCGAUAAUGUCCCUCCUCCUCCAUCGCUUCAAAGCCAUUAUUAGGUGAUGGGAUGUAUCUGGAUGUUCAACCAAUUGGCUUCUUUAUCUGUGAUCCUUCAUUCUGUGAAGAUAUUUGGUUCCCCAACAUAGAAGGCUUGAGGAGUUUUUCUUGGCCAGAGGACCCAUUGAGUCAUUGACGAGAUCUUCAGCAAGUCAACCUGCCACAAGAGCUUUUUGACGAGGCAGUUAGUGCUGGACUUGACAGAUGAGUCCUAACAAGUAACAACAGUCUAUAAAGUGAGAUCCAGAGGGCUUCCUCCUCCCACAUGGAACCUCGAAUUUUUGCCUCGAUGUAAAUAGUUUUCUUAUAGGUGGUUUUGGAUGGUAAUUUUGGAGUGAGAAAGAAUUGCCUAUGUAGCUUCCAUCCAUUUCAGGCUUUUUGCUUCGUUUACCAAACACCUUUUGGCAACCAACAUUCAAAGAACAUGGUCUCUGGCCGCAUUCUGCUACUGACAGAGGACACAAGUCUCUAGGAAAUCAUAAUGCUGUCAAAAAGCUUCAGUUUUUACUUUGUUGCCAUUUGAAAUGUACUGGUUCUUUCUCAUUGUUCUGCAUCAAUCUUUUCUUUUGGUCGAAUCAACUCAUGAAAUCUAGUUCGAGGGACAUGAUUCUGUGCUGCUUCUGCCGAAUCCCAUCGAUAUUAGCUGCAAACCGUGGGGGGCUUAAAUGACUGGCAGUGUUCGCCAUGACCUCUGGGUAUGAUUCAUUAAGGCAUCCUACGUCUUUCAUUUUUAAUAUGGAAAAUAGAUAAAAGGAUACUUGGUGUCAAUAUUU